AUGGCCGAAGAAGGUGAUUGCGCUAAUUUAUUACUCAAUAUCACCUGUAAUCCAUCACCAAUGGUAACAACAGCUGAUCCUACAAGAAAGAAAGACAAAUCCAAGGGUAGUAAAAGAGUUCGAACAAACAAAAUGGUCACUAAACAACAAGACGUAGCAAAAACACGAACGACCAUAGACACAUCCAAUUUUAAAAGAAAAUUAACAGACAAUUCUUCUCGGGAAGAUAUGAACAAGGGAACUGUUCAAUCCACUAAAUGGAUUUCUUCACUAUUUACCAAUAAUCCAGAAAUACCUCAAGUACAACGUUCGAAGAAGCUUAAAACUCAUCAUCAAGUCUUUACUGACGUCGAAUUUACAAACGUCGCGCUAUCACCCAGAUUGGUAUCACAUUUAGAACAACACUUCCAUUAUCAGAAAAUGACAUGUGUACAAAGAAAAGCGAUACCGUCAAUACUAAAUGGACGUGAUUGUCUUAUCCAAUCACAGACUGGAACAGGAAAAACAAUUGCAUAUGCUGUACCUAUUGUCAACAAAUUACAAGAACUUGAACCUAAAAUUCAGAGAUCUGAUGGCCCAUAUGCUCUAAUACUCUUACCAACUCGUGAGCUGGCUUUACAAACAAUGACCAUUUUUAAUAAAUUACUGAAGACAUUUUGCUGGAUUGUACCUGGCUGUGUCACAGGCGGAGAAAAAAAAAAGUCUGAAAAAGCAAGAUUGUUAGAUUUGGGCUUUAAAGAAGACAUAAACACCAUGCUUACUGCUUUAAAUGCAGGGAGUGGACAAAGACAAACAAUCCUUGUUUCGGCUACCUUAACAGCAGGGGUGCAACAACUUGCUCGUUUGGCCUUGCAAGAUUCUUGUUAUAUCGAUGCUACCAGCACCAUACCGGAAGAUGAAUAUAACGCAACUACGAUACCGAGUGAUUCCGUGCAUCAAAUACCUAGCGAAUUACAGCAACAUUAUGUUGUUAUACCUGCAAAAUUAAGAUUAAUCUCACUUAUAUCAUUCUUUAUUCAUAGCCAUAAGAAGAACAAAAAAACGAAAUCGAUAGUGUUCUUAUCAACUUGUGAUUCGGUGAACUUUUAUUAUAACAUUUUAAACGAAUUUUUGCCGAGAUUCUUAACAAAUGAGAUUGAGAUUUCAAAGUUACAUGGUAAUAUUUCUCAAAAGGACGUUGCUGCUCGUGGACUAGAUAUUCCUGAUAUCGAUUGGGUUUUACAGUAUAAUCCGCCUAUUCAAGUUACCGAUUAUCUUCAUCGAAUCGGUCGUACUGCUAGAAUUGGUUAUAAGGGAAAAUCCUUACUAGUUUUACUUCCAUCGGAGUCUUAUCAGCUAGCUGCAUCAGAUUUGCAGAUGUCAAUCGAAAAUUUUGUUAAUUCAUCGGCUGAACGUAAGACUCAAGCUAUCUCUGCCUAUCAAUCUUACAUUCGUGCCUAUGGAACCUUCUCUAAAUCUCUGAAAUUCAUUUUCCAUGUAAGAAAUCUACAUUUAGGCCAUUUGGCGAAGAGUUUUGGACUACAAGAAGCACCAUCUAAGAUCAAACACCAAAUUAUUACUAAUCCGAUAGUAGUAAUCGGUUUAUUGGAAUGUUUUGAUGGAUUACUAUAUACUAUAUAUGAAUAG